UUGUGAAAUUCUCAUGCACAUACAUAUCUACAAGCAUAAAUUACUUAUUUCCUUGUAGAGUAUGCACAUAAUAAUGUGCAAAUUACGUUCCCUGUGUAACAAUAUUUAUUAUCUUUAACGCAAUUCGGUUGCUCCAACACGAUACAUCUACUUAACUGCUAUAAAAUUAUUAUUUACUUAAAAAAAUAAAAUUUUGAAAUGUGGGGCUGGCUACUAAAUCCUCUCAGAAAAUGUGGCAGAUAUAUCCAGAGUUGGAUUGGUUGGGCCAAGGAAUGUUUCAAAACGUUAGUCAGUGCUUUCAAGAUAUUUCUCAAACUGGUUUAUUCCUACGAACUUGCUAUUCGCCGGUAAAAAUAUUAUACGAACCUGUACCGAACUUGAGAUAUAACAAAUCCAACGCCAUGCACCAAUCUUUCUGUAAAAAUUUUGACACACUCGUUCAAGAAAAUACUUACCUCUCUCCUCACUUAAUCAUUUUAAAAAUAGACGUUGAAAGUUUAAUACGGAAGUAUGUAGUCAUAUCAAAUCAGUGCAAUCGUGACGGUUAACUUUCACUUGCUUGUGUAUGAAUUAGUCAUUUCUUCACCUUCCGGUUAUUAAUUAAAGUUGCCGAUCUAGUUUUCAUACUGUCAAAUUGACAAUGUCAACUUGCAACUUUGCUAGUAAUCUAAUGCAUUGGAGAGGACCAAUUGGCUGUGUACUUCAAAAAUAUGCAUGUGCGACAAGAUGUGCUCCUGAGUAAAAGUGCUAUUUGUGAUAAUGUAUUACGUCUGAAACUAUACUUUUCACUGUACCCUUUGAUAUAAACAAAAUGCCAGCAUGGCACAAAGAUUAUUCUUAAUCCGCAGUUUUUCAAAGUUCAAACGAAAACUUUCAUCUCUUAAUCAAUAUUUAGCAUUAAUAAUUAUUGGGUUAUUUUAUAUUAUUGAGUUCUCCUUCACCUUGGAAGUGAGCAGAGAUCCAAACGAUGUACGCUUCUACUUGUAUCCACUACAAGGUGAUCCCCUCGGUAAAGUGGAACUUUCCAUGGAGCUCAAAAAUAAUCUUCCUGUUGGUGAUGCGGAAGGUUGGCGUUUGUUUAAACGGGACCAUGUUGCCGUCCUAAUGAUCCAUGAUUUCGGGUUGGAUUUAGAUUCUUAUGAAGCACAACUUUUGAAAGAUGCCUACCUCAACUCCAACAUUGAUGGAAAUUACAUAAUCGUUGACUGGGGACGUCAUGCAACGCCGCAACAACAGCCUGGAGAAACCAAGCCUGUCAAUGCGAAAGAAGAUUAUCAAAAAGCCGUUGACAACGUCAGCAUGGUUGGCGAUCGAAUUGGAAAUUUCAUGGUCAACAUGGUCAAGAAUGGUUUCAUAUCGUCGACAUUGAUCCAUUUGCUGGGACACGGGCUAGGCGCUCAUGUCGCCGGAAGAGCUGGUGACACCUUCCAGAGACUUCGUGGUGGGUCACAAAUCUGGAGGAUUACAGGUCUCGACCCAGCCGCCCCACUGUUCGGAAUCUCAAACCCAGCGAGAAAAUUGAAUCGUAAAGACGCCUACUUUGUCGAUACUAUUCAUACAGAUGGUGGAUUUCAAGGGGAUUUGAGUGUCCAUGGCCAUGCUGAUUUUUAUGUUAAUGGCGGCCUUCAUCAGCCCGGAUGUGACGACGUGAACACGUUAGGACUAUGCAGUCACAACUAUGCUCAACAAAUUUAUAUCGCAGCCAUCCAAAAACCAUUUGUCGGAUGUAAUUGUCCUCCUCUACUUGAAGAAUCAGAACUUAAUGACUGUCUUGCUCAAUGCCCGAAUCCAGCUUAUCUUGGGCCCUAUGUUCUUAUCCCUACAACAACGGGCCCCUACUACGUCGUAGCGGAUAAUCCACCUUAACAACUAGCUAUCCUCCGAAAUUACAUAUUUUUGGGACCACACCGAAAAUACCAGUCACGUUCUAUACCACACAUCGAAUGCACAUUAAGCGUAUACAAUAUGUGUUAAUUUUAUUUAUUACAAUUAAUGAUCGAUCAAUAAAUACUAGCAAUAAAUACGUGGCCUAAAA